UUGGGUGGAAACGAGCUGCCAGGCGCUUGUCCCCGGAAGUGACGUUAAAGACCCGCCCCUGGGGAAGUGUCGACAAGAGUGCCCUUGACGGGUGGGGAGGGCUGGGCUCCGCAUCUUUCCGCUCGCGCUGCAGGGAGAUGGCUCAGCGACUUCUCCUGAGGAGGUUUCUGGCCUCUGUCAUCUCCAGGAAGCUCCCUCAGGGUGGAUGGCCACCCCUCACCUCUGGGGCCCUGCAGACCCCACAGUGCAGUCUUGGUGGCCUGACAGUAAUACCCAGCCCAGCCCGGACAAUAGGUACCACCAAGGUCCAUUUAACAACCUUUAACAUCCAAGAUGGACCUGACUUUCAAGACCGAGUUGUCAACAGUGAGACUCCAGUGGUUGUGGAUUUCCAUGCACAAUGGUGUGGCCCCUGCAAGAUCCUGGGGCCAAGGUUAGAGAAGAUGGUGGCCAAGCAGCAUGGGAAGGUGGUGAUGGCCAAGGUGGACAUUGAUGACCACACAGACCUUGCUAUUGAAUAUGAGGUGUCAGCAGUACCCACCGUGCUAGCCAUUAAGAAUGGGGAUGUCGUGGACAAGUUUGUGGGCAUCAAGGAUGAGGACCAGCUGGAAGCCUUCCUGAAGAAGCUGAUUGGCUGACAAGCAGGGAAGAGUCCUGACCGCCUGAGACCCCCAUGGUCCCAGGGAGGGAUCCCCAUAGAACUCACAGUCCUCUGUGCUGGCCCUUUCUGCCACCUCCCUCUGUCUGGCCCCUGUGGCCCGUGCUUUGGAGACCAGCCUCCAAACACAAGAGCCACUCGUGUUUUUGAGCCGGCUGACUGCCAGGGUGGCCGUCAGAGGAAUGGUGCUGCUGCUGGCCUGGGGACAGCGCCUUCCCACCCACCUGCUCUCGUCUGCUUCCAGGGCUUGUUUCAGUUCUCCAGGAAGCUUGGGGAGAGCCCAGGGCCAGCCCACAGCGUUCCUGGUCACACAGCAACACCUUGGUCCCUCCUGAUGUGAACAUCUGCCUCCUAACGUCUUUCUUUCCUGCUGCAGUUUUGUAAAAAGAAACCAGAACAAGUGAGAGUAAUAUAUAAUUCUCUCAUUUUUUGUAGGUCUGUAAUAAAGAACUUUAUGUGAUCCCUUCUA